AUGAAGCCCAAGAAGCAACAGUCGGCGGACAGGAAGCAGCAGCAGCAGCAGUCCCAGAGUGGUGCCGUAUCGGCGCCCGGUACGCCAGCGGCAACGACUGCCGCUGGAGACACGGGAACAACGGUAACGGCGCCGGGAAGCGUGGUGGCCACCGCGACGCCCUCCUCGCCGCCGGUGCCUGCAGCACCGUCCACCGCCAAGAAACCGGUGAAACGUCUUCAAUCAAAAGCCAAAGAAGCGUCUACUUCCUCGACGGAACCGACGGCCGGCGCCGCGGUGGCCGGUGCCAAAUCGUCAGAGAAACUUCCAACCAAUCAACCGGCGGCCGGAGCGGUAACGGGAGGUUCCAGCACGCAAUCGAAUAAAUCGAAAUCGAGCGGUGGUUCCGUGGCGAUUGUGGCGAAAACGUUUCAUCCUCCAAUGGGCGAUCCAGCGCAGCAACCGCUGGUUGGCGAUGGAUCGGAAGUGGUGACACCAUCGAAAUCUGCGUCUACCACCGCGACCGGUGGUGGAAAGAAGGCUUCGAAGAGCGCGAAAGCUGUCGAUCCGUCCGCCAACUCAUCAACACCUGGUGAGUCGAAGAAGAAGACAACCCCGGCGAAGACGGCAGCGAAGAAAGUGGCCACCGCGACGGACAGUGCCAACAAACAGCGGAAACAGUCCGCAGCCAGUCAGUCAGCGGCGACAGCGGCAGCUUCAACGGCGGCGAGUUCUGCGGCCAAAACGGGUAGCCCUCCGGAACUGGCGUCACCGGCUGCUGAACGGUUGCGCGAGAAGGAGAAGAAGAUCCAGAAGGAGCUGAAGAACCUCGGCGUGUCGGACAAGACGCUGCACCAGAUUGACGCCGCGUUCCUGCUGGCGGACGAGUCUGUCAAUCCGUCGAUCAGCGAAAUGGUGAAGACGAAAUCGCGCACCACGGUAGCCCACGCAAAGUACGGGCCGGACUCGCACUCGAGCUCGGGGACAAUGGGCGUCUCGGGCAGGAAACCAUCGUUGACCACGGAAGACGCGCCGACCGUCGUAGCGCCGCCCGGGGACGGUGACGAAAAGUCCCACAAGGAAGCCAGUGCUUCCGGUGGAAAGGCGAAAAAGUCCGUCACGAUCAAGCUGGACGAAGAGAAGCCCCCGCCGGCGAAGGGUAAGGCUCCGAAGGGUGGUGGCCGCAAGGGGGAAGAAAAACCCUCUCCCGCGCCACAGCCAACCGCGGAAGGGGCAGGCAAGGGUAAGGCGGCGGCGACCCCGAGAAGCUCAAAGUCCCAAAAGAAGACUCCGGAGACGAAGCAGUCGCAGCAGCAGCAGAAAAAGGGGGCUGCCAGCGAGAAGGGGGUUGCGGAACAGCGCAAGUCUGCCUCGGGGGACUCGGGGGUCGCCAAGCAGGUCAGCUUCGAGCCGGGACGGGGUAGCUCGGUGGAGCACGAGGAUCAUGAGGAGAAGAACGCCGAGGUCCAGAUUCAGAUCGAUAGCAUCGUGAAAGCGCUCGAGCGGGAAGAUAGCGACACCGGUGGCGCUGGUGGGGCCAGGAAGGACGCUGGCGAGCAAGCCGAUAAGAGGAACGAUUCCGCUUCCGGCGCUGCUCAGGGGAAAGGUGCGGAAGUGAAGGUGUCGACACCGGCAGCUGGAGGCGCCAAGAAACAAGCCGAACCGAAGCCGGCUCGUAAGCCGGCCCUCAAGAAGGACACCGGAUCGUCGAAAGCGGCCGGCGAAAAGAAGAAGGGUGGCGGUGAGAAGAAGGAGGUUACGUUUAAGGAGCAACCGCCGACCUCGCCGGCCAAGCGGAAGUACGUGAAGAAACCGAAACCGGCCGGCGAGAAGAAACUUCCUGCGGCGAAGGCGGCGAAACCGAAACCGGCAGCGACCGGUGGCAAAUCGAAGGCUUCCGGUGGCGGUGGAGCAGGCAAGGCGGCAACGGCGGCCGCCAAGGCGAAGACGGAAUCGAAGGGAACAGCUAAGCCAUCAACCGUGGCCGAGCCCACGGUGCAAAACGAAACCAGCCCUAAGCCGGCGGACGGGAAUGAAGCGAUACCAGUGGAGGAGCCCGCACGAAGCGAGCCUUCGGAAGUGGCCACUACCACGCCCGUGAAAAUCUCAACGGAAUCUCAAAAAUCUCAGGAGCCUCAAGCGGAGGACGGUGUUGGUGGAACAUCGUUGGCACCGACCAUAGUACAGUCCGCCCAACGGGACCGAUCCUCGACGGAGAACGACGACGAUUUGCCACUGAAACAGCUUCAGGCGAAGACGCAGUCCAUCGGACCGACCAAGCAACCGGAGACGCACCCCGCCACGGUGGAACCGGAGGCAGCUCCGAGUAAACCGAACGGAACUUCCGUUGCCACCGUUGCUGGUGCUGCUGCUGCUGCUGGUCCCAUCCUAGCCGGACUGCUGAAAGCGGGCGGUUCCGGUGCUAAAACGGCCAAACGUCCGUACGUCCGGAAGAACCCGAACCCGCCCGGUAAGGGAGCGAAACCCGUGCCCGGUGGGUGUGGACCGCAGGGCGCGAAGGCGGACCAGCGGAAGGCACCGGAGAAGAAGGACGUGUACGACUUUGACGACUCCGAGAGCGAAAUCGAGGCCCCGGUCAAGGCGGGAAAGCCGAGUUUCAAGCGCAAAUCGUCCGUCGACCUGUGCCAAUCGUCGCGCGAGGAUAUCUCCCAGCUGGCGGACGAUCCGGCCAAGCCCAAGGAGCCACCGAGGGUAGAGGAUGCCGCAGCGGCCAAGCCCCAGGAGGGGGAAGCUAGUGCCGAUGAGCAGCAAAUGGCGGACGAAAAGGCAUCGAAGCAGCCGACGGCGAAAAAGCAGAAGAAACGGCCCGAAACGCUUUCGUCGUCUUCGGUGGUCCCGAAGCCGAAAAAGGAGCUCCGCAGUGGUUCAUCCUGCUCGUCCUCCGGCUCGGAAGCGGAAGAUGGCCGCCCUCUGGACAACCUGGCGGUGCCGGAAGCGAAGGUGAAGAAAAAAGCGCCACCGAGAAGGGUGAAACAGGAGUCGCGGGAAUCCCGUUCGUCCGACAACGAUGACGAAGAAGGCGAACCGGUUGGCGAGGGGGAAGAUGAGGAUGGUGAGGAGCAGGAGGAGGAGGAGGACGACGAGGAGGACGAGGACGACUCGGACGGGUGUUCGUCCGGCGACACCGUGCGGACCCGGAUCGCCAAGAAGCGCCAGUCGGCCAAGAAGCGCAACCUGAAGCUGUACGGAUUCUGGUCCGGACCGAAGCGGCACCGGGUAGCGUCGCUGAAUGCGAUUGCCAAGGUACACUGCCUGUACGAGAACGAGCGGCCCGCGUUCGACGCCAGCCUGAUGGUUCGCCAGUCGAGCGGAUCGCGGGUCAUCCGCACGAUCACCAAGGACGGAGAGCGCAUCAAGAAGGAGCGCAUCUGCGACGACGAGAGCGCCGAAGGGGGCGAUGGUGACGGAGGCCGCCUGUCCGGUGGGGACGGGGCCAGCGAAGACCAGGACGUCGGCAAGGGUGGCACCGUGCCGUCCGAUCGGAAGGGGGCCGGUGUGAAGCAGGAGCGAAAGUCGGAGCCGUCGGCCACCAACGAGCGGGCGGCCGAACCGAAGGGGGCGAAGGUGAGCGUGAAGGUGGAGCCGGCCAAGAAGGAACCGGUGAGCGACCCGGAAAGCGACUCGUCCGAAGAGGAACCGGUUGUGACGAGAACGUUACGCUGCGUCCCGGGAUUGCGCGGAGCCGGGAAACACUGGGACCCGGACGGGUCCAGCAUGGAGUCGGACAUCGAACAACUACCAGACAGUGACGAAACGUACGCACAGGGCAAGGACACGGACCCGACGCGCAAGCGGAAGUUAAGGAAGAAGGCCGCAGCCCGCAAGAGCAAGGCGAAGCAGGCGGCGCUGGCCAAACAGGAGAAGGAUAAAGACAAGGCGGCCGGCAAUGAAAAGCCGGAAAAGGCGCCCCCGAAGCCGCCGGUAAAGAAGAUCAAGAAGGAGCUGAAGGCCCUCCUAACGGACAACGAACGGCAGGACGACGGGGCUGCCAGUUCCGAGUCGUCGACGGGCUCGGAGAAGGCGGCCGCCACGGCGGCGGCCAAAUCGAAAGAUGAUGGCGCGAAGAAGCGCAAACGGGAGCCAAAGGUGGAGCGGGCCGCGAACGAAGGGCCCCCCGACUACACGGAGUACAUCGGCAAGAAGCGGAUGGCGAGCCUCAAUGCGACCGCCAUGCUGGCGGCCACCUACGAAGUGCAGCGAACCCUCUACCGCAACACCGACUCGAGCGACUCCGAGUGUUCGGCCGCAGAGAAGGCGCCCAAGUCGAAGAAGGCCAAGGAACAGAAGGAUCAAAAGGAUGCGGCGAAGGCAGCGGCAUUGGCAACGGCCGCCGCCGCUGCCGCCGCUUCCGCUGCCGCAGCGGCUGACGCUAGAGAAAAGAAGGAAGCGGCCGCAAAGGAACCACCACCGCCGUCGAACGUGGAGGAAGCCAAGGCAGUGGCAGCUGUGCCCUCGGUGGCACCGCCGCCGUCCCCACCGGACUACAAACAGGUGGACCUAUCGCUGGGCGGUUGCUGCGAUCCGUCGGUAUUGGCGUCGUCGUCGAUGCAGCCCUCAACGUCGUCGUCGUCGUCCGCCGCAGCGCAGUACCAACAGCAGCAGCAGCAGGAAGUGCUGGCCAAGAAGAAGAAAGUAGUCAUCAAGACGGAGCCGAUGCGCGAUCGCAAGGACGAUCCGAUGGAGGUGAAGCGUGAAAUCGAGGAGCCGCGCCCGGUGUCGAGCAAUUUGGUUAUCGCGCAGGACACGGAAGUCACGAUUACCGGCGUGUACGUUAAUUCCACGCUCGGCACCAACCAGGAAGCGUACUGCAAGAUGCAGUACCGCGUGCAGCAGAGUGUCACCGAGGAGCGGCUGGUGCGUCCGGGCGAUGGGGCCCCGCCCAAGUCCUACACUCCACUGUCGGCCCUCUCCAGUAUGCGCCCACCGAACGAUCAAAGUCUAUCAACGCCGCCGCUGUUCGUGCCGCCGGCUCAGUGCGACUCCCCGUUGCUCGGCCCACCGCGCCCUUCCUUCUACCCACCGCCAACGUCAUCCUCCGGAAGCUCGAGCGCCUUCUGUGCUCCGUUGCCGCACGAUAGUCCAGCGUCGCCGAACGCGCCGCCGCCACCACCGCCAAAUGUGUCCCCGUGUGUGCCAACCCGGUGCGGAUACCAACCCGGUGCGAAGCGGAUCUACAGCGCCACCUGGCACCAACCACUGUCGUCGUCGUCGGAGCUGCAGUGA